AUGACGUCCUUAUCGUGGCUGCUGCUGGCUGCCGCCGGCCUGUCGCUGGUGGCGGCGUCGUGCGACAAGUCGCUGCUGCCCGAGCUGACGUUCAUGCUGAACGGCGCCAACCUGGCCUGGCCGUGCACGUCGACGCGCAACAUCUACGCCUCGUCGGGCCGCUACGUGUCGCGCAACAUCAUCGCGACCCGCGUGCAGAUCUUCAAGGACGAGGCCAUCGUGGCGACGCCGCGCUACAAGCCGGGCGUGCCCUUCACGCUGGGCAAGCUGUCGCUCAAGAGCAAGGACCACCAGGCGGUGCUGAGCCCCUUCCCCUGCUGGAGCCUCCAGGAGGAGGGCAACUGCCAGGCCCUGCAGUCGGUCGUCGACCUGUUCCUCGACCCGCAGGACAUCCUCUGGGUGCUCGACGUCGGCAUCGUCAACACCCUGGACCAGCCCAUCCGCCGCUGCCCGCCCAAGAUCGUCGCCAUCAACGUGAAGACCGGCAAGGUGGUGAAGGUGAUCGACCUGUCCGGGCUGGUGUGCUCGGCCAGCCGGCUGCAGUACCUGGUGGUGGACUACGCCGAGGACGGGCGCGUCUUCAUCUACGUGAGCGACGCGGCGACGCGCGCCAUCAUCGUCUUCGACGUGACGGCCGGGCGCGGCUUCCGCGUGGUGCUGCCCAAGGCCGUCACCGACGGCUGCCUGCGCCGCGACGUGCUCUACCUGGCGCUCAUCCGCAAGCCGUGCGGCACCACCGUGCUCUACUUCACCUACCUGUCCUCCGGCCGGCUCUUCUCCAUCAAGACGGCGCACCUGAGGCGCGGCAACGCGCGUGGCACCGUCGUCGACGUCGGCCCCAAACCCACCAACCUGGUGAUCCUGGGCACGGACGGCGGCACCGCCCUCUUCUUCCGCUACAAGGGCGACAGCGAGAUCUACCUGUGGAACACGGAGACCUGCUUCAAGGAAGAGAACUUCAUGCUGGUGCAGCAGGCCGGCGAGUGCCGCCUGGCCACGCAGGUGGUGCCCGGCUACAAGCGACUCAUGUGGGUGCUGGAGAGCAACUUCCAGGACUACAUCCAGAACACCGUGGGCUGCGCCGGCGCCUCCGUCUCCCUGCACCCGCUCGUCAAGGGCUGCGAAUAAACGCCCCACCCCACCGCCUCACCACCUGAGCCGAGCAGACGCAGACGAAGACAUCUCCAAUACUGCGCUGGUGCCACCCCGUGGCGAUUAUCUCGAUACCCCUCAAAGACGGACCGCAGCCGACGGGUGAAACCUGUACGCAGUAGCAGGUGUUCAUCUUUAGAGUACCUCUUUCUCGACACACCAAUAUUUCGCUCACACAUGUAUUCAACUGAGAAUGUAAGUGCCUAAAUAUUCUUCAAUAAACCUACAGCGAACUUUGUAUGAAAUAUGUCCUUACCAGUUUCUCAGAUACAUUAAUGAAGUCGAAACAGACAAUCGUAGUGAUACAACA